AUGCACGUAACAUCAUCCAGUGGUCCAUUGGCUGUACCGAAUGUCAUUUCUGCUCUGCGCUCGUCCGGCGUUUCGCGAACGAAACGAGACGCGUCAGUAAUGCGAGACCGAUCGGUUGAUCGUCGCGUUCCCGAUCGCCGGUCAUCGCACUCUCGUCGCAACCCGAAGCAACGGCGCUAGAUUAUGAUAAUCGUGAAACGACCACGAGAUCGAGAAAUCUCUUGAGGAGAGCGCUCGAGAAGACUGAAGCGAACAGGGAUCCCGAGUAUGUAACUUUUCAUCAAACAAACAUUCUCGUAAACAUUGCUAGACGAUACGGUGGGGUACCAUCGAUUUUUCUACGAGCUCUUUAAGACUUUCUUUCUUAUUAAAUUAAUAGAUAGGAUAACGUGAAUUCUUUCUCGUAUAUUUGACAAUGCGUCUUUUUGAAACUUAAUUACUCGCGUAAUUGUAGUUUGAAACACCCGAUCGUCUUGAGAAAUCUGAAGUGAAUUUAUGAUCAAGUAAAUGCUACACGAGCGCGAGUAUUUCAAGAUAAUAAAUACUACAAAAACAUCGGGUUCUUAAUCCGAGACGUUGACACGUCCAAUUGUUAAAACACUCGUAGACGAGUAAAAAGUUAAUAGAAACAAGCAGUUAACGCAACAGGUUCGCAAUACCGCGGAACAACGAAGCGUACGCAAACUAACAAAUACCGAAUAUAUACAUAUAUAAUUUAGGGGAUGAAUUAAAUUUAUACUACUAGCAGAUCGUGAGUUUGAGUUGAGUUGUCAGCCGUUUUUUUUUUUUUUUUUUUUUUUUUUUUUUGUCGUACGAUCAAUUCCCGGAUUAUAAUUGUUUGAAACUUUCAUGUGACGAACAGGAUGCAAAUUGGACUCGAAUAUUGCAACUAGCCAAGCCAACGAUUACUCGAAAUGAUACUGCAGGCAAUCAUCUUGAUCCUCUCCGCAAGGAUAUGCUACAGCAAUCCCGAUGCAAAGAGACUGUACGACGAUCUGCUGUCAAAUUACAAUCGACUGAUUCGCCCUGUUUCUAAUAACAAUGACACCGUAAUCGUUAAACUAGGACUUCGUCUGUCCCAACUCAUAGAUCUCACAAACUUCACCCAGGAAUGGCAGGACCACAAAUUUAUGUGGGAUCCAGCAGAGUACGGAGGUGUCACUGAACUCUACGUACCUAGCGAGCACAUAUGGCUUCCCGACAUUGUACUUUACAACAAUGCGGACGGGGAAUACGGUGUGACCACGAUGACGAAAGCUAUUCUGCAUUACACUGGCAAGGUCCUUUGGACACCUCCGGCAAUUUUCAAAUCUUCCUGCGAGAUAGAUGUCCGAUACUUCCCGUUCGACCAACAAACCUGCUUCAUGAAAUUCGGCUCGUGGACUUACGACGGUAUUCAGAUCGACUUGAAACACAUUAAUCAAAACAUGGGAGACAAAGUCGAAGUUGGUAUCGAUCUUCGCGAGUACUACCCCAGUGUCGAAUGGGAUAUAUUGGGUGUCCCAGCGGAACGACACAAGAAGUAUUAUCCCUGCUGCGAGGAACCGUAUCCGGACAUAUUCUUCAACAUCACACUACGUCGGAAAACGCUGUUCUAUACGGUGAAUCUGAUCGUGCCGUGCGUGAGCAUCUCUUACUUGUCGGUGCUCGCGUUCUAUUUGCCGGCCGACUCUGGCGAGAAAAUCGCUCUCUGCAUUAACAUUCUCCUGUCGCAGACAAUGUUUUUCCUCUUGAUAUCAGAGAUCAUACCAUCCACGUCGCUAGCACUCCCGCUGCUAGGCAAAUACUUGCUCUUCACUAUGGUUUUAGUCGGUCUCUCGGUAAUUAUUACCAUCAUUAUACUAAACGUUCACUACCGCAAGCCGAGCACUCAUAAAAUGGCGCCGUGGGUUAGAAAGAUCUUCAUAAGGAGAUUACCGAAACUCCUUUUAAUGAGAGUGCCCGACGAUCUACUAAACGAUCUCGCCGCGCACAAGAUACACGGCAGAGGAAGAUCCGGCAAAAAGAGCAAAUUCAACGCUGCGGUCGCGGCUGCCAUGCAAUCCUCUUCGAUAGUCUCUUCACCGGAUUCUGCUCGACAUCAACGAAUCGGCGGAUGCAAUGGACUGCACACGACUGCGCAUAACAGAUUCCUUGGAGGUAUCGGUGGAUACAAUGGACUUCCCACAGUAAUGUCCGGAUUAGAUGAAUCUCUAAGCGAUGUAACGCCCAGAAAGAAGUAUCCCUUCGAGCUUGAAAAAGCUUUACAUAACGUGAUGUUCAUUCAGCAUCACAUACAGCGGCAAGACGAGUUUAACGCGGAGGAUCAGGAUUGGGGUUUCGUUGCGAUGGUUCUCGACAGACUUUUCCUAUGGAUCUUUACAAUAGCUUCAAUCGUUGGCACGUUCAUCAUUCUUUGCGAAGCUCCAGCACUUCGUGACAACACCAAACCAAUCGACAUGGAGUACUCCUCCGUGGCUCAACAACAAUUUCUUCCUCAUGGUGAUUUGUUACAAACCCUCGUGUAGAACGUUUAGAAAGAAUAGGAAGCUGGGGGUGUUGAUUUCGUGUAUUUUUAUAGCACGAAGGAUUCGUCGUGCUAUAACGUCGAUUGAAGAAUUUUGCUUCUGAAUAUUUCCAACGAGUCAACACCCUCGGCUUCUUUGUCCUUUUCAUUAAAAAAUUUGUUCAAUAGUAUCACGACUGUCCAAGAGUAUGUUAAAUUUGUACUUGACAGUAUAUAGUACGUGCACAUAACGAACAAGUGCUGUUGAACGACAGCAAACGUGUUAACCGUAUCACUAAAGCAACACUGCAAUAUUACUUGUAGAGAAAUUUUGUAAUGUCGAUUAUAUGUAGAACGUAUAAAACGGAAUAUUAAUUGCCCACCAAAGUCUAGCUGUGUCGAAGGAGAAAUAUUUUCUUCUCCAAUUCGACAGCUUUCCGAGAAGCAAUGAAGAAAAUUAUUAUGUAGUGUGCGUAAAUUUUUCCAAUUACUAAAAUAUAAAUUAAUCUUUUUCAUUAAAAACGAAAUAUACAUAUAUAUAUAUAUA